AUGGGGGUCUGUGGGUACCUGUUCCUGCCCUGGAAGUGCCUCGUGGUCGUGUCUCUCAGGCUGCUGUUCCUUGUACCCACAGGAGUGCCCGUGCGCAGCGGAGAUGCCACCUUCCCCAAAGCGAUGGACAACGUGACGGUCCGGCAGGGGGAGAGCGCCACCCUCAGGUGUACCAUAGAUGACCGGGUCACCCGGGUGGCCUGGCUGAACCGCAGCACCAUCCUCUACGCCGGGAAUGACAAGUGGUCCAUAGACCCUCGCGUGAUCAUACUGGUUAACACGCCAACCCAGUACAGCAUCAUGAUCCAGAACGUGGACGUGUACGAUGAGGGCCCGUACACCUGCUCCGUGCAGACGGACAACCACCCCAAAACCUCCCGGGUGCACCUCAUCGUGCAAGUUCCUCCCCAGAUCAUGAAUAUCUCCUCAGACGUCACCGUGAAUGAGGGGAGUAGUGUGACCCUGCUGUGUCUUGCUAUUGGCAGACCUGAGCCAACGGUGACGUGGAGACACCUGUCAGUCAAGGAUGGCCAGGGCUUUGUGAGUGAGGACGAAUACCUGGAAAUCUCUGACAUCAAACGUGACCAGUCUGGGGAGUAUGAAUGCAGCGCCUUGAAUGAUGUUGCUGCCCCUGAUGUGCGGAAAGUAAAAAUCACUGUCAACUACCCGCCCUACAUCUCCAAAGCCAAGAACACGGGCGUCUCUGUUGGCCAGAAGGGCAUCUUGAGCUGUGAAGCCUCUGCAGUGCCCACGGCUGAGUUCCAGUGGUUCAAGGAAGAUACCAGGCUGGCCACCGGCCUGGACGGCAUGAGGAUCGAGAACAGAGGCCACAUAUCCACACUGACCUUCUUCAACGUCUCAGAGAAGGAUUAUGGGAACUAUACUUGUGUGGCCACGAACAAGCUUGGCAAUACCAAUGCCAGCAUCACACUGUAUGAAAUAAGCCCCUCAUCAGCAGUGGCAGGGCCUGGAGCUGUCAUUGAUGGUGUAAACUCGGCCUCUAGAGCGCUGGCUUGCCUCUGGCUAUCAGGGACCCUCUUUGCCCACUUCUUCAUCAAGUUUUGA